GCGAGGCCCCCUCGGUCCGCGCGUCAGGCUCCGCCCCGGCACCCAGGCCCGACCGGAUCUCUGCAGCCGCCGGCGAGAUGCAGGCCUCGGCGCUGUCGCUGGAGCAGCUGCGCGCCCUCACCGAGCUGCCGGAGCUGGAGGCGGCCUACGGGCGCCUGUGCCGCGAGGAGGGCGAGACGCGGGCGGAGCUGGAGCUGCUGCUGGAGCAGCGCGGCGCCCUGGAGGGGAAGGUGGCGGCGCUGCACCGGAUGGGCCCCAACCUGCAGCUGAUCGAGGGGGACGCGCAGCAGCUGGGGGGCACCAUCGCCUUCACCUGCCGCCUGGCCGAGAACGUCAGUAGCAAGGUCCGCCAGCUGGACCUGGCCAAGAACCGCCUCUACCAGGCCAUCCAGAGAUCAGAUGAUAUUUUGGACCUGAAGUUUUGCACUGAUGGUGUCCAGGCAGCCCUGCGGAGUGAAGACUAUGAGCAGGCAGCAGCUCAUGUCCACCGCUACCUCUGCUUGGACAAGUCGGUCAUUGAGCUGAGCAGGCAGGGCCAGGAGGGUACCAUAACUGAUGCCAACUUGAAGCUCCUGCAAGAAGCAGAACAGCAGCUGAAGACUAUUGUUACUGAGAAAUUUGAGGUUGCCAUGAAGCAGGAAGACCUGGUCCAAGUGGAACGCUUCUUCAAGAUCUUCCCCCUGCUGGGCCUGCAUGACGAAGGGCUGAGUAACUUCUCCAGAUACCUUUGCAAGCAGGUUGCUAACAAAGCAGAAGAGAAUUUACAGUUAGCGUUACAGACUGACCCAACAGACCGGCGAUAUGCAGUCCUGUUUGCAGACACACUGACGCUCCUCUUUGAAGGGAUUGCACGUAUUGUGGAGACCCACCAGCCCAUUGUGGAGACAUACUAUGGGCCUGGCAGGCUUUAUGCUUUGAUCAAGCAUCUGCAGGCGGAAUGUGAUCAGCAGGUGGAGAAGGUGGUGGAGAAGUUCACCCAGCAGAGAGACUACCGUAGGCAGUUCCAGCACGUUCAGAGCAGCACGAUGAGGAGUCUGGCAGGAGAAAAGAUCGAGCCAAGGGAGCUUGACCCUAUUUUAACCGAGGUCACCUUGAUGAAUGCCCGCAGCGAACUCUACCUGAGAUUCAUCAGGAGGCGCAUCACCUCUGACUUUGAGGUGGGAGAUUCUGUGGCCUCUGAGGAGGUGAAGCAAGAACAUCAGAAGUGCCUGGACAAACUGCUCCACAAUUGCUUUCUGAGCUGUGUCAUGCAAGAGCUGAUCGGCUACUACAUCACCAUGGAAGAGUACUUCAUGAGAGAGACUGUGAAUAAGGCUGUGGCCAUGGACACCUGUGAGAAGGGGCAGCUAACCUCAAGCAUGGUGGAUGAUGUGUUCUACAUCGUGAAAAAAUGCAUCGGGCGGGCUCUUUCCAGCUCCAGCAUCGACUGUCUCUGUGCCAUGAUCAACCACUCCAUCACUGAGCUUGAGUCAGAGUUCAGGGAGAUCCUGGGCCACAGGAUCAGGGUGGGCUUCCCGGCCACCCCUUUCCAAGAUUUCCAGAGGGGAGUCACCAGCGCCGUGAGCCUCAUGCAGAGCAGCCUGCAGCAGGGGAAGUUUGACCCUAAAGGCAUCGAGAGCACCGAUGAGGCCAAGCAGUCCUUCCUGGUGACUUUAAACAACGUGGAGGCCUGCAGCGAGAACAUAAUGACGCUGAAGAAGACCCUGGAGAGCGACUGUUCAGAGCUCCUCAGCCAGGGCUUUGGAGGAGAACAAGCUCGGCUCAAGCUGGAGAGCUGCCUUGCGGACAUGGAUGCCGUCUCCAGCAAGUUUCGUGACCUGCUGCAGGAAGGCCUGAAUGAACUCACCAGCUCAGCAGUCAAACCUCAGGUGAAGCCCUACAUUAACCUCUUCCUGUCUGUAUCCCACAACAUUGAGGAGGAAGAGUUCAAUGACUACGAAGCCAACGACCCCUGGGUGCAGCAGUUCAUCCUGAACCUGGAGCAGCAGAUGGUGGAGUUCAAGGCCGGACUGUCCCCCGUGAUCUACGAUAGCCUCACCAGCCUGAUGACCAGUCUAGUCGCUCUGGAGCUGGAGAAGGUUGUUCUCAAGUCCACCUUCAGUCAGCUUGGCGGGCUGCAGUUUGACAAAGAACUGAGGUCCCUGAUAGCCUAUCUGACCACUGUCACCACCUGGACCAUCCGUGACAAGUUUGCCCGACUCUCCCAGAUGGCGACCAUCCUCAACCUGGAAAGGGUAACAGAGAUCCUGGAUUACUGGGGGCCCAAUUCGGGCCCUCUGACGUGGUGCCUGACGCCAGCAGAGGUCCGCCAAGUGCUGGCCCUCCGGAUUGAUUUUCGCCAUGAAGACAUCAAACGGCUGCGCCUGUAGCUGUCCAAGAGCAACUUCCUUAUUUUUAUUUUUAUUUUUGGAAAAUGCGUUGCUCCUUCCAGCCAGGACUGCUGCUGGAGCAGACAGAAGCUUUGCCACUCGCCGCCUUCUUGCUAGGGAAAAUGGGAUGCUGUUCUGUUGGAAAGUGGGAGGAGAAUUGUCCUAGCCAGCAACCUCAGCUGGGUUUGGGCUUCUUACUUAGCUGCAUUUGUGCAAGAUGGUGGCCCACUUGCCCAGCGCAGUUCUGCAGAAACCCAACAUCCCAGGCUUGGGAGGGGUGGUCAAUUCAUGGCAGCACCCCCCCCCCCAAGAGAAAAGGUUUCCCAGACCACGAUGGAAAGGCCCCUUCCUCUUGGGGCUUGGCCCAGGGCUUUGCUCUUGACUGGGGUUGGGGUGGGGUCAGGAGUUUAGCUGGCGCUUUGGCCAGCCGCCUCCUGGAACCUGUCAUGGGUGCUGGGACCCCAGAGGCCAACGUGGAGAAGGCUAAGUGAGCUGCAGACCCAAAGGAAUUUAAAAUAAACUUGCUAACACCAUAAUGCUGUUGUCACAGCUCCAGCAAACACACCCCAAGGAAUCAAAACUCCCAAGGCCGGCAUCUACCUCAAAGUAUAGAUUUAUUAGGCAUGUUAUAUUGGCACAUCUGGGGGAAACCUGACUCUAGAGGACUCGAGUUUUCCCCACCCAAGUCAAACCCCACCGUUCUUCCCCUCAGGUCCCACGUCCAUCACAGGGUCCAACCAGGUUGCAGCCACCAUCUUGGCUGGCUUUGGUCCAUGCCUCUCCAACACCUGGAAGACCAUCGCUGGCUCCCACGGGAAAGAACAUCGUUUUGGCCACACCUCCCAUUAUCUCCACCUCCCCCUUUUAGUUCUCACAGCUCCCACUGGCCUGGCUGUGGCAGCACUGAAGAUGCUCCCAAAAUGGCUCUAGGGCUGACCGCUGUUUGACAAGCGGACAGUAUGCAGGUGUGGGUACAACUCUCAAACAGCUUAAAUGGGCGCCUUGCGGAAUUGGUUUCACAGUUUGGGCUUUCUGUUUAGGAGAAAAGAGGGAAGACGGGAUAUAGCCACCUUCCAAUAUUUGAGGGGCUUCCCAUAAGGAAGAGGGGGGUCAACCUAUUCUCCGGAACCCCUGAA